AUGUUAAAUACACAUAUACUAUUUCUAUUUCAUCUUCUAAGCAUUUGUACUUAUAUAAAUGCAUUUAUUCCAUAUCCAAUUGUUGGAGAUGGUGCUCAAACUACUGAUAGUAUCACACAUACAGAAAUAACACAAGCUGGUUUUAUUCGUUGUCUAGCUCGUUUCUUUUAUGAUACACGUAUUCAUCCAAAUAACAAUAAUGGACAUACUGUCAAUGAAAAAGAAUAUUUUACUAAAGCACAUACUAUUGAUGAUCUUUAUAAACUUGCUUAUCCUGCAUAUAGUCAAGCACAAGUAAAAUUAUAUUCACUUCCACUAAAACUUGUUCUUGAUUUUGUUAUGACUUCAAAUGCUCUUGUUGAUUUCGAUCCGAAAACAAAGAAACUUUCAGCAGCACAUUUUGAUAGUGAAGCAUUUAUAAAUGGUAGUCGACGUAUUCUUCGACUUAGAAAAACAGUUGUUAAUGAUGCACGUACUAAUGGUAAAGAUUUGACUGAUGCACGUGAAUCACUUGGACGAUUGCUUCAUACAUUACAAGAUUUUUAUUCACAUUCAAAUUGGAUUGAAAUGGGUAAAACGAAUAUCAAUGGACUUAUUGGUGUCAGAGAAAAUGUUGGUUCAGUUGCUGGUCGAAAUCAACCAACAUGUACAAAAAAUGGUUGUACAAGAAUAGAAAGGAAAUGUACUCUUUGGGAACGUAUUACAUACAGAAAAUGCCCGCUUGUAUAUUAUGAUUGUAAAAAUAAUAUUCGACCGGAUAUCAAUAAUAGAAAAUUACUUACAAGUGGAUAUCUUUUUAAUCAAUUCGAUGAAAACUAUAAUCUAUUAAGUAAACCAACAAAUGUUGAAAAAUGUUCUCAUGGUGGAGUAAUUGAUGAUUCAGCACAUGUACCAGCUAUUGGUGGAAUUAAUAAAGAUUCUAAUACUUUGAUUCUUUCACCUCAUUCGAAUCUUCAUUUUAAAGCAGCUAGUUUAGCUGUGAGAGCAACGGAGCAAUUUUUCAAUAAUCUACGUAAAGAUAUUGGAGAUAAAAAUUUCAAUCGAUUGUUUAUGAUUACUCCAACACAAGUACAAUCUCAAGCAGCAUCCAAUGCAGUUAAAAGCGGACAUCGAUUUCGAUUUUUUACAUCAUCCCUUUCAGUUAGUACGACACAAGAUAAUAGUCUUCUUACAAAUUUAACAAACUGGAUAAAAAAACGUAUUAAUAUGAUUAAAGCAAUAUUAAGUGGUUGGUUUUCUCUCCACAAAAAUCCUGAUGUACCAACAUAUGAUAUAAAAGACCUGGGAUAUGAUUCCAAAGAUAUGAAGUAUUUUCGUUAG